CUCGUCGGGAAGGGAGCACGCCCGUGGCGCCGGCCCGAAACGAGGUCACGAUCAAUGACGCCACGAAUAUUUCUAGUUCUUACGAAAUAAACGCGUCGUCAGUCGUAUUACCUCAUAACGUCUACCUCUAUUAUUAGAAAGCUACGUAAUCAGGCUUCAUUUACACUCUAGUGAUCAUACAACAGUGGAACGAAACGAACGCAUAAGCCACAGUUAUGGAUAAACGUAUUGUAGUCGCUAUUUAUUUCAUCGCGACUAUAUUCACAACAAACAGUUACAGAAUACUCGGAGUGUUCCCCUCGUUCGAUCGUAAUAAUUACCUCACGUACCGGCGAUUGUUUCGGGAGUUGGCCAAUCGGAACCAUGAAGUAACCCUCAUAAGCCAUUUUCAACUCCCGGACGCCCCAGCAACAUACAAAGAGGUGUUAUUGAGCGACAAGCAAGUGCACAAAGGUUUAUCGUUUGAAUCAGUGAUAGUAAAUGAAGUAUCGCGAGUGCCUUUCGAAACAUUAGUCGCUACUAAAAGCGGAAACGAUGACUGCAGGACUCUUAUGAACAACCAUCACGUGCUGCAUAUGUUAAGGACCCGACCUCGGUUCGAUGUUAUAUUAGUGGAGUCGUAUAACAGUGAUUGCGGACUGGCUUUGGCCGCCAACUUAAGUGCUCCAUACAUUGCGUUCAACCCCCAACCUAUUCAACCGUGGCAGUAUAACAGAUUAGGUGUAAAUUUCAAUGCCGCUGCUGUAACUCAAGCUGGAUUACCUUAUGGCAAUGAACCGUGGUUUUUUGAUAGGUUGAAGAGUUAUGUCAUAUAUCAUAUUUCCAACUGGGUGUUCUAUGUUGGUUCUCAAGUAACAGAUCACGUUUACCUGUACAAGUAUCUCGGUGACGAUCUAGCACCAUUGGAAAGUAUAGCGGCGAACGCAAGCCUAUUGUUUGUAAACACGCACCAGUCUGUGUUCGGCGGUGUUUCCCGCCCUGAUAAUGUUAUUGAUAUCGGCGGUAUACAUGUGGGACCUCCAAAAGUAAUACCAACAGAAAUUGAAAGAUUCAUCAAUGAAGCCGAACAUGGAGUAAUUUAUGUCAACUUGGGUUCAACAGUGAAGGACUCGACACUUCCAAAGCACAAAUUAGAGGAACUUCUAUCAACAUUCAGUAAAUUGCCAUUAAGGAUUAUAUGGAAAUGGGAUGGUAACAAUUUGGAUUUGCCCAGAAAUGUUAUGACAAUGAGAUGGUUUCCACAAUACGAUAUUUUAAAGCACGAUAACGUCAAAGUGUUCGUUUCACACGCCGGGAUCUUGAGCACCAUCGAGGCUUUGGAUGCUGGGGUACCUGUCAUAGCAGUACCCCUAUUCGGUGAUCAGUAUGGUAAUGCCGCAGCACUUCAAGAUUCUGGAUUAGGCAAGAUUGUUGCUUAUCAAGAUUUGAAUAAGAAAUAUCUUUUAGAUGCCAUCAAUGAAGUCUUGGAUCCAGAAUGGCAACAACGCGCCAAACUUGUGUCACGAAUAUGGCAUGACCGGCCAAUGUCUCCGCUCGAAACCGCCAUCUACUGGACGGAGUAUGUAGCACGAUACCAGGGUGCACCAAACUUAGCAACAGUGUCUGCUAGAAUUCCUUGGUACCAGCAAGUACAGUUAGAUGUCCUAGGUUUUGUAGGCAUUGUAGCCUACAUUUUAGCCUUUGUUGUAUACAAAAUAUUGGUUAGUUGUUGCUGCUUUUGCUGCCGAAAUGAUUCUGAAUCUCAAACUAUUACAGAAGACCGAAGAGCAAAAAGAGUCAAAUUCGAAUGAACUGUUAUGAAAUAACACAGUUGGUUUGUAUAAUAUCUUAGGGUAUUGUGAAAUCUAAUGGAAAUCUCGAAAGCCAAAGUCUGUUGGCGAUAAUAGAGACUGGAGCCGGUGACUUACUAUUUAUUGUAUUGUUGUUAUACAUUGUGUAUAAAGUACUUAAUAGAUCGAUGUUGACUCAAAUAUAUUUUGAUAUUAAUUGUAAA